AUGAGCUAUGACCAGCACGCAAUGUGCGAAUCCUGCCUGGGGCCAGAGCACGCGGACGCGGCUCUUAGCCAGCAGGUCGCUUGCUCACAUUGUGCCCGUCUCCCAUCAGCCGACAGUAAGCGAAGAGCGGACGCUCUAGCUGCUGCGGCCGACGAGGACGAUUGGCCCGUCCAGGAGCACGUGGACGGCAGCAUGUCCCUGGAGCCGAGUGCCGGGCAAGAGUCGGACGACUCCUACCCCGUCUCCCUCCAUGGUUCACCGUGCGGUUCUCCCCUCCCCCCUCUCCCCCGGACGGGGGAGACAGAGUCGGAGCAGGGGGCUGGUUUGGCGGCCGAGCAUGCGGUCCCCUUCUCCGUCGCCACAGGACGGCGCCCUACGUUGAGCUCCCCAGUAUGUGUAUGUCGCCCACCAGGCCGACCGGGUGCACCAGUGUGCCUUUCAGGCGGCGGCGAAUAUCAUCGCGCUGCUCUCCAACUCGGUGGUGACACUGGUAGAGCGGUCCACCACCGAGGCAGAAGAAAUCAGCAAGGCGGUCAGCACAGCGCUCACUCCGUGCGCGUCCGUCGCUGUCUCCCAGGCGAGGAUUUCCGCGUGGGUGACACAGAUCCAGCGCCACCUCUGGCUGCAGCAGGCGUCUGUUACGGAGACGGCCAGAAAACUGCUACUGGACGCUCCAAUCAGCCCGUACGGGCUGUUCGGACCCCAGUUCCACCCCAUGGUGGAGUCCAUGAAGACGGCCGCGGAACAGGCGGACGGCAUUCGCCAGCAUGUCAGCUGGCUCCAGCCUGCUGAACUCGCCCUUCGGCGGCUGCAGGGGCUCUGUCCCACGUCUCCGCUCCCCCGCCACCCCAGAGACAGGGUCCCCCGGCGGCGAGUCAAAGGGAAGUGAGGCUCCCCCGCUCCUGGUCUGCUCCGCGAGAGCCUCCGAGGAAGCGGAGCCGGUAAUUAAGCCGGCUGCCACUAAUCUGUUGAUUAAGUAGACAGCAGGGCUCCCUGCAGAAGCCUGCUGGUUUUAACCUAUCGGUUAAUAACCUGCAGAGCUCGCGGCAUUCCUCCGUCCGAGAUAUGCCUCCUACACACGGUCAUAAUAACCCAUGAGCGCCGUUAUAACGCCUCAUGUGGACAGCACUGUACACACCUCCACUCAUCCCCUGAGCGUGUACACGCCUCAUGAUGACAGCCGGAGUGAAACGCAGCGUGUGGAGGCUUCCUCGCAGCCCUUUCGCCUCACGGGCAGCGGCGGCGAGGGCAAUGGCGUGGCUCGUCACCAUGACGACCAUUACAGCACAUCACAGAGAAGCAAGAACGGGGGAAUGAGCAGUAUUCCAGGCUGAGUGCCCCCAGCGUCAGCGCCCGCAGUGCCACGGCGCCUAGGGCUUGCUGCAGAAGCCUGCUGGUUUUAACCUAUCGGUUAAUAAACUGCAGAGCUCGCUAAUUAAGCCGGCUGCCACUAAUCUGUUGAUUACCAGCAGGGCUCGCUGCAGAAGCCUGCCCGUUUUAACCUCGGUUAAUAACCUGCAGAGCUCGCGGCA